AUGGAUCCGUUCCAGGCUAAACUCCUAGCUGCAGCGACGGGGUCAACGAUGACCGCACUUACGAUGACUCCUUUUGACGUCGUGAAGACCCGUCUUCAGACUCGACCCAAGGUGCCUCUCGUUUCACGACCACCACUUAAUACUUGCUGUCAGCCAGCACAUAUACCUUGCGUACGCAACAUGUCCUCAUAUGCACGCCCCAUAGCUGCGGAAGAGGUCGUCUGUAUUUUCGAUCAUGGCGUAUACCGCACCGAGCGUGUGAAUGGGUUCUUGGAUGCUAUCCGUCAUGUAUGGCGAGCAGAAGGUAUGAGGGGAUUAUGGAAAGGUGUUGGCAUGACACUACUCAUUGGCGUCCCCUCAUCAUCGAUAUACAUGCUCACUUAUGACCAUCUCCUACGAAAUGUACUCCCUCCCCUUAUUCCUUCCCCUACAUUCGUCCCUCUGGUAGCUGGUAUUACUGCUCGCGCUUCUCUUACUUCCCUACUCUCACCACUAGAGCUCAUACGAACCAACCUGCAAUCAACUCCAAUAUCUCCCGACAAACCACAUACACUUCCAUCUGUCCUCGCUUCCGUGCGUACAAUUGUCCAGAAGCAAGGCAUAACCUUCCUUUGGCGUGGCCUUGGCCCUACCUUGUGGCGUGAUGUGCCCUUUAGUGGCAUAUAUUGGGCAGGCUACGAAGCCUGGAAAAGAUUUUUCGAGAGCCGAGGAAAGAAGGGGGCAUACGUUGCCUUUGCAUGCGGUGCUAUCAGUGGGACAACCGCGUCAUUGAUAACUUCACCCUUCGAUGUUCUGAAAACCCGACGGCAAGCGCUCCUCAUGACUGGAACCAUGUCAUCACAGACUACAGCUACGAUACCACUGUUGGCUCAUAUCAUUCGCACUGAAGGCACUGCCGCCUUGUUUGCUGGCGUUCUGCCUCGUACAGCCAAGAUUGCCCCAGCUUGCGGGAUCAUGAUUGCGUGUUUUGAGGUAUCGUUGGUUACUCUAUGCUGUUGA